UGUAGAGUGGGUGCAUCCAGCCUCUUUCUUUUUUUUUCUUCUGGUGUUCUUCUCCCUCUUGCCUUCUCACCCUCUUCUUCCUCUCUGUCAGCCUCCGUCACGGUGUCCCUGCCAUCUACUUGUCAGGCCGGAUCAUCAACAAUAAUAUCCGUAUCAUAUUGUCUGUUGUCUGUUGUCCGCCGUUCAACCCGUCGUCUCCCCUGUGGCACCGUUUCUCAAUUUUGUAAUCAAACCACCCCCCCCCCCCCCCCUUCCUUUCCAGGUCCAAACCGGAACCCAGCUGGGGUCCCUUUUUUUUUUUUCUCUGUCUUCCGACGGGACACCAGCAUCACGUCGCCUCUCUCUCUCUCCACCCUUGCCCUGCUCUCUUGCAGUUGCAGCUUGCUCGCCGUCGCGUUGCUCUGCUCCAUAUCUUGCUCUAAUCUACCUUACAAGACCGUUAGCCACGAUAGCCCCACUUCCCCAAAUGAACCCUGGCCUGGUAACAAGGCAAUAAAAGGUCCUGUCUCCCCAAUGAGGGAGGAGCACACCAGCACCGCGAUCGGGUAGGGUGCUCUCACUCGCUAUCCAGACCAUUCCCGCCAAAAUCCGACCCUCAAACCCACCGUACCGAGAUUCCUGCCCUGAAUUCUUUCCGGCCUGUCCAAUUCUUCACAAUCUCUCUGCAUCAUCCUUCUUCCUCCUCUCCCUCUCCCUCUCCCUCUCCUUCGUCUCGCCUGUGCACUGUGUGUUUCUUCUUUCAAGGUCGGCCCAGAAAAGAGACGGAAAUCUGAGCGGCAGUGAGGACCAAGCUUGCAUCGGAAACAAAACCGGAGACCGCAUACCAUCAGCAGCUACUACCACUACCGCUACCGCUACCACCACCACCACCUGUCUCUCGCUCGCUGACAUCUCAGCCACUUGUGGAUUAGAGCUGGAUACUGGAGCUAGAUCUGGACCUGGAGCUAGACCUGGAACUGGAAUGGAAACUCGAUCAAGGGUCCCGCUCAUCCAAGCAAGCUGCGCAAGUCUCGCUUGUUGUACCUUACAUCACCUCGCUCGAUCCUGACGAACCACCCCUGGUGGGAAUGAGGCAAAAAAAGUUGGAAAUAACUCGAAUCCGCCAAAGACAGAGAAAGAUCUGCGGACGCCGGGAAGAAAAGCGAGCAACAGCAUGCAACAUACUAAUCGGUACCCAUUGAUCAAUCUUUUAGAAAAAGCAUGAACCCGACCGUCACAUACAUGCCUAGUCCAUUCCAACCUUACACAAAAAACGCCCGCGGCAAAACCGCCAACAAAAAGCAACGCCAAAACAACGAUAGCAUCACCCCUAGACGCCUUCCCAACGACUGAUGAUAUGCACAUCGCGUCUACAACUAGAGAGGAUUCGAGAAACGGCGUGAAUCGGUUCUUAAAAGCUUGUAUCUGAUGCACCCGUACCAGUCACAUCGACGUGUGAACGAAACGGCUUUUUGAGAAGCAGAGCAGACGACAACUCAUGUCUACUUGUGCAAUUUCUCCUUGCGCCUUGUCCACUACAAUUCUCGAGUUCGCCCAUACUGUCGUCGUCGUUGGUGGGAGGAGGACGCCCUCGUGGCCCGGGAGGAAUGGCGGCCGACCUCACCGAUCCCGGCCUCGAUAGCGCCAUCCGACAACUUCUCGAUCAGCAGGCCGAGAUUCAAGCAAGGCUUGCUGCCUUGCUACCCGCAAAGUAUGGUCUCAAUGCCAAGUUGGAGCUUGACAUGCUUCGCCACAAGUUGCGGGUUCUACAAGCCUACUCUGAUCAUCACCAUAUUUCUGCCAGUAUACCAAUCAAUUCUGAGUUCGAGGAGGCUCGGUCAUUGCAGUACCGAUGCGAAUGUAUAGAGACUGCUUGCUUAGAGCAAGGCUACGAUCUGCUGGACCCAAACAUGGUUGAUGCCCUUAAACGAUCUCUGUAUGACGAAGCGCCGACUGGCUAUGCGGCUUGGUUAGACCGUAAUCUUGAAGGACACGACCCGGUAGUCCGUGGAUGGAAGAUGAGGGAAAGCCUGUCACCGUCGUCCCGGUCCACGUCCUCUUUCAAGUGCUGGGACGAGCGCUGCAUACAUUACAUCUACGGUUUCCACAACAAGGACGAGCGGGACAAUCAUGCCCGAGAGCAUACAUUGCACCCCCAUCGCGACUCGGGCAUGUCAGUCGGCAACACACCGCCGAUUUCCUUUCCCGAAUACCAGACAUUGCGACCAUGGGGCCCCGAGACAGGAAAGCAGCCGCUGGCUCUCCAACUUCCAAAGCCAUCGCCCAGCACCCAGCUAGCUCCUUUGACAACAAGCCAGCCGAAAGAACGCCGCGAUACUCUUCAAUCCUACUCGCUAGUCAGCGAAUAUUCCGCUCCAGGACGCGGCUCUGUUGAUUCUGAAGUCGACCCGUUGCUGCCCCCUUUGAAACGUAGUAGAGUUGGUCAGUCUCGGCUCCAGUCGAUUGGCGAGCUCAGGCUGCUUCAAGACUCUGGACCAUGCUUGCGCUGUAUGGCUACUAAGCAACCGUGCGAUUCGAACGAGCCCUGUUAUUAUUGCGCGGACCAGCCACUUAGUCCCAGUAGUGACUUUUGGAAGGCUAUCGGCUGUCAUCGUGGCCCCCUUGACGCCUUUUCGGACAUCAUGCUUCCAGUAUCUCCAAGACAAUCACAGACUCCAAUCACAUCUCCGCUAGCCCAGCGAAGAAGCAUGAACGAGCAUCUAGAAAAUAGCUACCGCAUAUCACCGGACAUACUACAUGCGGUCAAAGCAAAUCUUGAUUUUGAUGACGGGUUCUGGUGGACGGAAGAACUUGCAAAUCUUCCUUUAGCCAACUCUACGCUUUCACACUACCCUAGAGAAACGAUCGAUCGGCCACCGCCAAUCUUGAAUAUCCUAACAGCAAGUUGGAAUGGCGGAGGAACUGCAUACAACUUUCUUCACCUUCUGAAGACGAGCGGUCUAAUUGCGGCCACGAGAGAGAUGGAGGAAGCAGUAUUCCCAGUGUUAUAUCGGGCGAAACUGUUGCUGCGAGAGGUCAUGUUCUGGGACCUUCAACAACCAGAACCUUCGAUUCGCCUCGACGGAGGCCCACCCCACCGACCCCUAUUUACGGAUGAAGUCGAUCAAGAUGCUCAUUAUCGUUUACUCUACAAUUGUACGGCGCAGUUCCUCCAGGCAUUUGAGAGUACCACGGUCAAGAAGGGGCCACAAGACCCGAAGAGCUGGUGCGCGGUGUUUAUUGCACUUUGCAUCUUCAGUGUUGUGCGUACGAUCUUGGUGGACAUUGCCUCUUACCUGCCGAGACGCCUAUCAUCGCACACUCCUCCGACCUGGAGGGGGACAGGCGGUGCGCACGCCAUGAACAGCGUCUACAAGCUUCUGGUCACGCUCUUUGCAAGUUCUGGGCCCAUGUUACUCGACGAACAGACCGCGGAUCUCGAUGAACGAGACAGGGCCAUCACAGACUCCUUGUACAUGGUUAUGAGAAAGGACACUUGGGGUCAGCAGGGUUUUGCUUCUUCCAAAGACUUCUUGAUACAUCUUGGAGAUGGCAACAUGGAAGGCGCAGCCACAUUCAACGGGUUCCUCAGGCAAAGAGUUCCAGCACGUACCAGUAUGUUCGUUCUUCCGCCCAUCGCCAAACCCAGCGAAGAACCCAGACGUCCUAUGCACGACCCUCGAGCUUUGGGCGAUCCUUGGAUCCCGAACCCGGCCCCGCUAUCAGACCGAGACCCAUUUGCCGCUACAAUAGGUCCGGAUUACCUUACUUCGCCCCAAGGAAUAGAUCCUUUGGGCCGCCGGCAUACCGUCGGAGAGAGUCCAACAUUUCCCCGAGGCGCCUUGAGGCCUUUGGAGUCCCCACUCUCGGGCGGUCGAGGGCGGCCGACGUAUCAGCGGCCCCCCUUACGUCGCGUCUACUGCAUAAAGUGUAAUGAGUACCCCGAAGGGUUUAGAGGCGAACACGAGCUCCGUAGGCAUACCGAUGCCAAACACGCUUCACUGGUGAGGCGUUGGGUAUGCACUGAGCCAGAUACCUAUAGCCCGACGUUGCCGCAACCUGUCAUACCACUUGCAAAAUGUAAAGCGUGUGUGACGCAGAAACGAUACGGGGCCUACUACAAUGCGGCAGCGCAUCUCCGGAGAGCGCAUUUCAACCCGCACAGAGGUGGAAAGGCUAGUGGAGAUUGGCCGCCCAUGACCAUUCUCAAGGACUGGAUGAGAGAGGUGCGGCAGUCUGUUGAUAUUCAAGACCAGGACGACUCGAGCGGAGGGGAAGAGGCCGAUUACAAACAGCCGCUUGAGUACUUCACCCAGGCGCCACCUCCGCCACCGCCUGUGCGAUCUCCUACAUUCGGUCCAACGAUGCUAGCGGCAGCACCGCCGGCUGUCCCCUUGAUGAUAGCUCCCGCUGAAUCAAUGGUGUCUUCUCAGAUGAGCAGCCCAUCAAGCAAAACCCUGGAUAAUCGGACUCGGUGUCCUCACCCAGAUUGCGGUCGCGUCUUCAAGGAUCUUGCAGCACACAUGCUUACGCACCAAGAAGAACGUCCGGAAAAGUGCCCGAUAGAGACUUGCGAGUACCACACGAAAGGAUUCGCGCGCAAGUAUGACAAGAAUCGGCAUGCACUGACACACUACAAGGGGACGAUGGUUUGUCCAUUCUGCCCAGGGGUAGGCACUGCAUAUGAGAAGGCGUUCAAUCGUGCGGACGUGUUCAAGCGACAUCUCACUUCGGUACAUAACGUUGAGCAGACGCCUCCCAAUAGCCGGAAGCUCAUCAUCAGCGGGUCCGGCAAUGUCCGAGGAGACGGUGCCAAGUGCUCAAUCUGCCAGAGUUAUUUCGGAACAGCCCAAGAAUUUUACGAACAUCUUGACGACUGCGUUCUUAACGUUAUCGUACCGACGUCGGCCAAGACGCCUAGGGACUCGUCGGGGCUGCCCUCAGUAUCAGGUGCUGAGGAGAGGGAACGGCUAGGCGACAAUGAUACCAUCAACGUACAGACCGGGUCGCCAGUAGGCGAAAAGAUGGAUACCAACCCAUAGCGACGAAUUGGGGUUGGGUAGAUGGGACGUUGCUUUUGUUCAUGUGUCAUGUAUAGGCUGGAAUCAUCUUUCCCCAAAUACCCAGGUUUGUAAUACUUUUCGAUACAGCUUAACUUAUUAAUGAAAC